CUGAGAAGAAGCAGGAAAGAGCUUGUUGCUAACAGAAUGUGUUUUAAUGGAUAAAACUCCGAGCUGUGGACACUUUAUCUGAUUUUAUUUGAUCAUGAGAAGAGUCACGCUGUUUGUCAACGGAACGUCCACUAAUGGAAAGGUGGUGGCCGUGUACGGCUCUCUGGAGGAUUUACUGUCUGUGGCCAGCUCCAAACUGGGAAUAAGAGCCUCUAGUGUUUAUAACGGGAACGGCGGCCUCAUAGACGAUAUCACGUUAAUCAGAGAUGAUGAUGUGCUGUACAUAUCAGAGGGAGAUUCAUUUGAAGAUCCUCAGGAUGAGCUUACAGACCUGGAGAAGGAUCAGACUCACACUGACUGGCUGACGCUGAAUGUCGGUGGAAGCUGCUUCACCACCACCAGGAGCACGCUGGUCAGUAAGGAGCCGGAGAGCAUGCUGGCCCACAUGUUCAGAGAGAAAGAUGUUUGGGGGAACAAGCAGGACUCUCAGGGGGCGUACCUCAUCGAUCGUAGUCCAGACUACUUUGAACCCAUCCUGAACUAUCUGAGACACGGACAGCUCAUCAUCAACGAGGGCAUCAACCCCCUGGGUGUGCUGGAAGAAGCUCGUUUUUUUGGCAUCGAGCAGCUGGCUGAGCAGCUGGAGACGCUCAUCAAGGCCUCUCAGCCGCCUGAUGACCACUCUCCUUUGAGCCGUAAGGAGUUCAUCAGAUACCUGCUGGCCACCACCACCAAAGCAGAGCUGCGCUGUCAGGGUCUGAACUUCAACGGGGCGGAUCUGUCUCGUCUGGAUCUGCGCUACAUCAACUUUAAGAUGGCCAACCUGAGAGGAGCCAACCUGACCCAUGCCAACCUGAGCGGGGCCAACCUGGAGAGAGCCGACCUGUCUUUGGCCUGCCUGGAUGCAGCCAAUCUGCAGGGUGUGAAGAUGUUGUGCACAAAUGCAGAAGGAGCUUCACUGAGAGGAUGCAACUUUGAAGAUCCUGCAGGAAUCAAAGCCAAUCUGGAAGGAGCCAACCUGAAGGGCGUGGACAUGGAGGGCAGUCAGAUGACGGGGAUCAACCUGAGGGUCGCUACGCUGAAAAACGCCAAACUGAAGAACUGUAACCUGAGAGGAGCAACACUAGCAGGAACAGACCUGGAGAACUGUGACUUGUCCGGCUGCGACCUUCAGGAGGCGAACCUGCGCGGCUCCAACGUGAAAGGAGCCAUCUUCGAGGAGAUGCUGACUCCUCUGCACAUGUCUCAGAGUGUGCGGUAAACACACACACAUACACACUGGUCCAUAUAGUGCUUUAAAUCACCACACACACUCCCAGUGGAGAGGAACUGCUCUGAGGAGGAGGGAUCCGUGUGUGUUUCAUGAUCAGACAAAUAUCAUCAAACAAAUACCACCUGACUGGAAACAUUCCUAGAGCUGCAAUCAACAAUUAUUAGAUAAGAAAUUCAUCUUUCAGUGGGUUUCUCUUUUGAAUCGGUUCAGUUUUUAUUUUAGAAAACGUCCAAAAAUAGUAAGA